CGUCACGUCUGGAGUCGCGGUGUAAAAUGUAACUUUACUACAUCCACGUUCAUGCGCGCAAGACUUUAGAACAACACAAAACCAGCAUGGGACUAUCACAUCAACAACCCCAGAGAAGAAACAACAACGACGGUUCGAAGUAACCAACUUCAGAAAGAGAAAACACUUUGGACCGUGUGUUCCGGGUUUUCGCGCUGACUCCAUCUCUGUUUGCUCGAUGAAAGUUGAUGCGUUGUAGUUGCGUUGGCGCAUGGAUGGACUUGGUUGUUUAUAUCAUUGUGGUGGAGUUUAAGUGAAAGUGGCAAUGACUUCAAACUACAAUGAGGAGCUGGAUUUCAGACUCAUAUUUGGGGAAAGCAGUCAUAAUCAUAAUCAUCAUUCCUUGCUGGGCCACACAGAGUCCAGAUUGGAUGAUGUUGCCAACUGCUACCCUCUGUUUGCUUCUGGGUACCACAAUCCCACAAGACAACAGGACAGUUUGGCAACACAGUCUUAUGAUGCCCCUCACCCUGGUUCUGUCCAACCUAUGGAGUCCCCCAGCAGGGUAUUUGACUGUCCAAGCAUCCAGAUCACCUCGAUCCCAGCCAACUGCCACCAGGACCUAGGUGCUGACCAGCUGGCAGGUGCCUGUGGGGAAGGCGGAGAUGGCUCUCUAUCAAGGGACCAGCUAUUCCUACCACUAGAUCCGUCCUACAGAGACUCAUCCUCACUGUGUCCCAGUCCCUGCAGUAGCUUGUCCUCUCGCAGCUGGUUAUCCGAUGCCUCAUCUUGUGAAUCCUUCUCGCAUGUCUACGAUGAUGUGGAGUCAGAGCUGAAUGAAGCAGCUGCUCGAGUUCGGCUGGCUUCGCCUCUAGUGUCGCCACUGGCAUCUCCUCUGCCAUCCCCCCUGACCUCUCCCCAGGUGUCCCCUCAAGUGUCUCCACUUGUCUCCCCUUUUGGUUCUCCUGGAUGUUGGGCUGCAUAUGGAGAUGACCCUUGGUACUGUUACCAACAGCAACAGCAGCAACCUCUGCAAUACCAAUUGUCCCAGUCGCGGCCUUCCUCUCGGCCAACCUCGCCAUGUGGAAAAAGGCGACAUUCCAGUGCAGAGGUCAUUCCGGGUUUGGCCUCUCCUCACCUUUCACCCAAUGCCACACCCUCUCACUCUCCUCGGGGUAGUGUCACAGAGGAGACAUGGUUGGGAGGUGCCACAUUUGCCCCCUACCAGACCCUUCCAUUGGAUAUUGACAUCCCAUCCAAAACAAGAAGGACGUAUCAGACCAACUACAACCAGGAUAAAGUGUCUCUGUUGCCUGGACAAGAGGACUCAUGUCUUGCAGAACAAGACCUUGCAAACCCAUCACUAAUCUCAGGCAUAGCUGUGUCUCUUCCAUGUUUGAAGAAAGGGGACAUAGUGGAACAUUUCUUAGCCGUCCCAACGCACUUCCCUUGGGCUAAACCUAAACAAGUCAACACUCCUUUAUACAGGUCCACAUCUUUACCUCCACUGGAUUGUCCUCUUUCCAGCCAGUUUGGCCAAUGUGAGUUAAAAAUGGAGAUCCAACCUAAAUCUCACCACAGAGCCCAUUAUGAGACAGAGGGCAGUCGAGGAGCCAUUAAAUCAGACAGCGGAAGACACCCUGUUGUGAAGCUUAUAGGAUACAAUGAAAAACCUGUGAGCCUACAGAUGUUCAUCGGGACAGCAGACGAGCGUUACAUCAGGCCACACCUGUUCUAUCAGGUGCACAGGAUAACAGGGAAAACUGUAGUGAUGCCCAGUCAGGAGACUGUGAUCGCCAACACCAAAGUUCUCGAAAUUCCUCUCCUGCCUGAAAACAACAUGUCUGCCAGCAUUGACUGUGCUGGGAUACUGAAACUACGGAACUCAGACAUCGAGUUGCGGAAAGGAGAAACAGACAUCGGCCGUAAGAACACACGUGUGCGUGCUGUAUUCCGUGUUCACAUCCCUCAGCACAAUGGAAAAGUGCUGUCAUUGCAGGUGGCCUCUGUACCCAUAGAAUGCUCUCAACGAUUUGCUCAAGAGCUUCCCCAGAUCGAGAAUUUCAGUCCUUCCUGUGGAUCCUUGACUGGAGGAGAGGAGAUGACAAUCACUGGCCCAAACAUCAACCCAGAGUCAAUAGUAAUCUUCCAAGAAAAGGGCUCUGAUGGUAAAACACAAUGGGAGGCUGAUGUGAAAGCUAUACCAGAAAAGAGUACAAAUACAAGCAUAGUGGUAAAGAUUCCUCCAUAUUACAAGAAAACCACAGUUUCCUCCACCCAGGUGCAGUUCUGUGUCAGCAAUGGCAAGAGGAAGAGAAGUGCCUCACUGUUCUUCACCUAUUUUUCAGUGAAGCAGGAGUUUGGUAUGAGGAAGGACCAUGCCACUAAUGAUCUCGCAGGGCAACAUCCCACCACAUCCCCUGCAGGCUUCAUUACCACCGGCGACCCAAUUCCAACCGAUCAGGUCCAGCCCCUCGAGCAGUGGCUGCUGUCUGGAGGACCAGUCUGUGUUCCAUCUUCAACAUAUCUUAAUUACUUACCUCAGGAUCCUUUGUAUAUGAACCAGCAGCAUCUUACAGACAGCUGUCUUAGUACUGGAGCAGACGUCCACCCUAUGUUCCACCAACCAUCAGUUGACUUUACCAAGUCUUCAUACCAGAAACCUCAAGAGAACCUUUCUUACAAGGGACAGUCUAGUCUUCCCAAUAAUGGCAGAUCACUGCAAGGUGGCAAGUCAUCCCAAAUCUUUACCGAGCAAACAAGGUCUCAACAAGGCAAAGAAUUCCAAGGCAUGCCUUCAGAGCAAGGCCAUAAUCUUCACUACCUUGGCCUUUCCUUACCUUCCAACCAGUCUGAGUUAACUAACCCAAAUGUUGAUAGAUCUAGUCUGCACGUUGUGGAUCUGGUGCAAUCCCCACAGUCCUCCUCGUCCCAGGUGCCUCCUCUUACUAAUCACUCCAUACUUGCUACAGUGCCUUCUAUCUCAUCGUCUACCAGGGAGUGCUCGAAGGACCCUCAACCCCUCAAAGGUACAUCUCUCAAGGUAGCCGGCAAAAGUGCAGACCCAUUGGGUUACAGCAUGUCACAAGGUGGAGAAAUCCUUGACAUUAAAGAGGAAUCAGAUGAAAGGAAAGAGCUAACCCUUAAGACCUUAGGACUACAUGAUAUCACUCUUGAUGACGUAAGUGAGGUCAUUGUCAGAGACUUGUUUGAGAUUCCAGACUCCGGUGAUACCAAUAUCGUGCCGUAGCUCCACUCUCAUGAACGAUGGGUCCCACAGAUCUCAACAAUCUAAACAAUGCACCUUCCACCAGACUUUAGUGCUGCAACCAUUGCUAACAGUGAAAUGAUAAACAGAAAUGUGGACAUAUCAUUAUAACUGCUGUGACUGUGGAAGUAUCAGCCAUCAUGCAUUCAAUUAAUCGUGCACUUGUUGUCAUUUUCUAUGAGCAAUUCCAUGUACAUAAACGUUUCCAGUCUAGUAGAGGUUGUACAAGGACUUUGAACAGGGUUAAACUGGGCAUAUCAAAUGUGAAUGUAAAAUGUACUUGAAAAUAUAAAAGUCUUUUUGUGCCUUAAAGGGAUAUUUCACCUAAAAAUACAAACGUUCUCAUCAUUUACACACCCUCAUUAUAUCCCCAAUAUGUACAACUUACUUUUUUCUGCAGAACACAAAUUAAGAUUUUUUAGAGCGGUGUAUGGACCUACAGAGCUGAAAUUUUCUUCUAAAAAAAGGAUUUUUGUGUUCUGCUGAAUAAAGAAAGUCAUAGGCUUACACAUCUGGAAUAUCAUGAGGGUGAGUAAAGGAUGAGAGAAUUUUCAUUUUUGGGUGAACUAUCCCUUUAAACCUGACAUGCCUUUGAUCCUUGAUCUUAUUUGAAUGUUUCAUUCUUUAAUUGUCUCUUAAUUUAUAAUUUUUAUGUUAAAAUCUACAAAUCAAUUCUUGAAAUGUAUGAAAAUCAAAAGCAGUUUUAGAUUAUUAAUUAUAAAGAAAAGAAGUAUACAUCAGCAGUCCCAUGUUUCAGUUAUCUGAGUGUCACUUUAAUCAACAGUGAUACCUGUUUGGCAUCUCAAUAGAUUGUUUUCUCAGUCUUUUUCUCAUUACUUAAAUAGUUUUUCAAAAUGAAUUUGUAUUUAUGAGUUGUUACUGAACAUAAAAGAGAUUUU